AUGAAAACUAUCACUUUUCUUAUUAUUUUGCCUCAGCUGAGUUACAACCUCGAGUUGACAUGUCUUUCUCAUGCUCCCACUUCUUCAAUCGAAACUUUCGAGAUCCCUGCGUCUCCCGUUUCACCUAAAUUUUUGGCUCGCUUGACUACAGAUUUGGCGAAUUUAAGCAUAAUUGACCGUGUGCAUCAGCAUUCUUCGUUAUCACCUGAGCGCCUAGAUCGCAUUGACGGUAAUGGAGGAUGCACGAAUCAUAGGCUAAAUGGAACAGACGCCUUAGGAAAAUCAGGUCCAAAAUCCGUCGAUCGUCUCUCCGAUCUGUUGAAUAGACAGAAGUCCACAAAUGGAAAGAGACCGUCCACAGAAUAUCAAUUCACACACGAAUUUCCAAUAACUGAGCUAUCUGACCUUUGUCGAUCUUUGAAAGAUUCAAAUUUGACUGCUCUCGAUAUUGCCGAUGUAACUGUCCCCAAUGGUCUAGCCUUACUUUGCCCGAAUCUUCCCAAACAAGUACCAAGUGCACCCCUACACAUUCAGGCUAUCCAAGCGGAGGAGGAAAAAGGCAGAUCUUGCUCUGCUAUUCCUCCCACACUCAGCUCAUCGGAUACCGGCAGUGUUCGUUCAGGCUCAACUAUCACUCGGCAGACUUAUACUGGUCGCCGUUUACGGAACCUACCACCACCACCGCUAUCCGUUGUUUCCGCCCUCUCAACUACCUCGACCACAGUUGCCGUCUCUAGACUACGAGGAGGUCCGCCGGCCGGACUGAGCCACCAGUCGAUGAUUGACACUGCAGAAACUAAUGCCCGACCGGACCUCGUCUGCAUGCCCCCAGAGCGAAUGAUCCAUCAUUUGCUUGAUGGCCUUUUACCAAAUACUACCUAUAAACCAAGCAUAAUGGACAUGUCCGGUAUAAGACUUCGUGUCCGUGCUAUUAAUGCCCAUGGUUCAGGUGUGUACUCCGGCGGACUUCGCUUCACUACAUUGACACCUUUGCCAGCCGCUCCUUCCUUCCUCCUUCCUCCUUGUGUUAAUUCGUUACAAUCAUCUUCAUCUUAUGCUUCUGGCCUUUCAUCUAUUCGAACAUCUGGACGCUCAAGUACUUUGAAUUGCGCUACUUUUAGUUGCUCCAUGCAUUCUGCGUCUGUAAUCCUUGUAGCCUCUGGCAACUCUUACUCUGUUCGUCUACAAUGGAGUCGGCCUGAUGGAUGCACACGGAUUCCCACAGGCACCUCGGCGACAAGUAUUUCUAAUCGUGCAAAUAAUUUGAGUCAAUCACGCCAUAUUUGCCGGCCGACCUCAGCUCAACCCGAUCUUGUAACAUGCUUACCAAGCCGCCUGAAUUCAGCAAGCGAAUUUGCUCCUCCAGGACCUGUUCAAACUGGGGUUCGGGGUUUGAUGCCGAGUGGCUUUUGUGGGAGGCGAGACUUUAACACUGAGCACCAGCAGCGACUGAUAUACACAUUGCAGAUGGCUAGGCAGCCAUUAACAUCGUACGAUAAUUAG